AUGACCCCAGCUAUGCGAGGGAAAGUCAAGAGCACCAUUAUGGAGGUGGACGAGCAUGUCCACACCUUAACUGAGAGCUUUGAGCCAUUUGCACCUGAAGCUCGCCCAGGCGAUCGGUUACUGGACUGCUUUGUGGAUGGUCUCCAUUUUGACGAGUGUGAUCCUACCCAGGAUAGGCGCCCAUAUCUUGACGAGCUCAUUGUGAAAGCGAGGGCUGACCCUUUAACAGUACUGGCUGCAACUGAUGGCUCUGUCCCUCAGUCCAACCAGUAUCAGGCUGCUUCAGCUGCCAUCAUCUACAAGGGACAUUGUGAGCUCGAAAGGACUUGCUAUGUCUCUGGCAGAGUCACCGCCCCUGAUGCGGAACUCAAUGCCAUCUCGUGUGCACAGACAAACUGCCAGCAUAUUAUGGUCUUCACUGACUCUAUGGGCUUGGCCCACAGAGCGGUAGACCCUUCCGUUCACUCUGGUCAGGCUUUUAGUCUGUCAGUCUGUCGUGCUCUCCAGGAGUGGUUCGAGGCGGAUGAUCUCUGCCGCAUCACCUUCAUUUAUGUUCCGUCCACUCUUCGGUGGGACAUCCAUGGUGAGACACAUAAAUAUGUCACUGAGCUUAAGGUCAGGGUUGGACGUUGCAAGACGGACAACUCCAUAGACGCACUCCGCUCUCAAGCUGUGCACUCAGUCCUGGACUCGUGGAGUUCCACUUUCCAGGAUCCAGCUUAUCACAGCUCUGAAUUUCUAGAGCUUCAAUGGCCUGACAGGUGGCUGAUCCAGCCAUCCUACCUCAAUGGGGGACCUGGGCUUUCAUAUUUCAGACACAGUAUCACUGACGGUGCUCGAUGGCAGCCCGCUCGCUACCUACAAACAUGUACACUACGCAGCCUGGGUACUAAGUAA